AUGCCCGUCUCCCGCACCAAAAAGAGCAGUCGCAAGGUCUCUUCUGAGCGAAAGAUCUGUCCAUUUUGCCACAGCGAGUUUGGAGUGAACGGAUUCACGAAGCAUCGUGCAGCCUGCCAACGCAGGGCCAAGAACAGAGCAAUUGAUGAAGCUCUUGAGGAAGAAUUACUGCAUUUGCGCAUUUCGGACCAUGAUUGUGACACGGCCCAUCUGAACGCUAUCGAGGAGAUUAAUCAUGAAAGCCCCUCCUCGCCAGUCCAUCAAGGUACCACAGCAAGACUUCUUCCGUUCAUCCUCUCUAGGCUUGAUUUCAACGAGGCCGUACCAUUUGCCGAUGCCGAUAACGACACCUUUGUACAAAACCCUACGCCAACACUGCUUCAGUCUAACAGCCACGAACAGCCCGCGGCGGCGGGUACCUCACAUAACGAAGAGCCAGUCUGCCAGCAACCACAGCCCUCCGGUCCAGAGAAUGCCAGUGACGUACCGCAGCUCAAUGACUUCAAGGUCGAAUACCACCCAAGCAGCGGAAUACCAGCACGCACCUAUCAGUUUGACAAAUAUCAACAGGAGCGCCCAACAGCUCCACCUCCUGCCAAGCUUCUUGAGUUCCUUGCUGUACCAUGGCAUCCAUUUCGCUGCCGCGACAACUUCGAGUUUGCCGAGGUCGUUCUCGAGGCUGGGAUGAGUCAACCGCAGAUCAGCCAUCUGCUCGCAGUAGUGAAGCGCAUUCAGUCCGGCAGCUCGGAGUUCUCUUUCACUUCGCAUAAGGACAUUACUACCGCUUGGCAAAGAGCUUCACAACAUCAUGCUCGGUUUAGCAAAUAUACUGUAUCUGCCAUGUACAAUCAAGAAGAGCAUUCAUUUGAUGUCCACGCACGGCCUCUGUGGGAAUGGGUCCUUGAUCAGGUGAAAAAUCCCCUCCUUGCCUCUAGCUUUCAGUGGGAUGCGCAGCGUCUCUACAAGCACGACGGAACAUCUUGGAUGCGGUUUGCUGAUGAUCCGUACACAGCAAACCGAAUGUGGGAUGCGCAGUCGGAGCUACCGCAGGGCGGAAAGCCUCUUGGACUAGUUUUUUCUGCCGAUAAAGCAAAGCUCUCAAGCUUCGGUACACAGAAUGGAUAUCCGGUGAUCGUGUGGAUCGCAAAUCUGGACGUGAAGACGUGGAACGACAAAGGUGCCGGUGGAGGACAAAUUGUUGGGUUCCUUCCUAUAGUGCAUGAGAAGGCAUUCGGCCAUGGAAAACCAGAGUUUGUGAACUUCAAGAAUGUUAUUUGGCAUAAAGCAUUCUAUAAGGUUAUUGAAACAAUCGAGAAGCUCUCACGCAAGAAGAAAUUUCUCAAGCGCAUCUCACUUCGAGAUGUCCAGAACAUCUUCUGGAACCUCGCUCGCUCAAAUCCACACAAGACCCUUUCUUUUGACCGACUCCAUGCCUAUCACCUGGGGCUUUUUGGCAAGCACCUCUGGCUAGAGUUCAAGCUAGUGGUUGAAGAGUUGGACAGAAAUGUCCGAGUAGCUAUUGACAAUCAAGCGAUAGCCUUUCCAUCAUGGCAAGGUCUGUACCACUUCACAAAAGGUGUUCUUCACAUUGAGUUUUCCGAUGGCUCAAAGUAUGAGGAUCUGUCGAAGAUCCUUGUGUUUAUUUCGUUCCGGACAUUGACCCCAGAAAUCAGUAAACGUGGUUAUGUCCUGCUGAAGCUCAUUCGCCGGUAUGUUGAGUGCGAUAUGUAUGCAAGCUUCGAGUUUUAUGAGACCCUCAAGGAGUAUACUCCACUCUGUGUUGGUGAUAAAAAGCUCAAGGACUGGAAUUUCGCAAAGAACCAUUCGCAUAUCCAUGCCCCCAAUGAUAUUCUUGCCAAAGGGGUCAUGCGAAAUUUUAGCACACGGGUCAAGUUACCACCAGAAGAGCUUCCAAAUAUUCCCAGAGACGCUUCUGGGCGCAUUCAAGCGAAGCUGAAGCUUUUGGACAAGAUAAUUGAAUGCCACUAUCUUCGAGUAGACUACGAGUCCAAAGUCACCUGGAAGAUGGUCACAAACUAUCUACGAUGCUCUUCAGACUUCCACAAAAAGCCGCGGUACGACGGAGCCAUUGUUGAUGCCGGUGGUGGCAAUUAUGUCAUUGUCAAGCUCCAAUUUGCAUUUGUUGUUGAGUACGGUGAGAAACUCUACCCUCUCGCAUUAGUGCAGGCUAUGCAAAGCCCCAUGUGUACUCAAGCUCAGCGUAACAUCGACCGCAAGCUGGCUCUCUACUGCGUGAAGGCAAAGAGAACCACCACCUUCAUACCUCUGCGAUCUAUCAUACGUGGCGCGCUUUUGUAUCCUGAUCUGGCACACAUUGAUGAGUACUUGGUUGUAGAUACAGUUGAGACUGGAGAUAUGUUUCUGCGGCUAAAGGAGAUGUUCCCACAGUAA